UCACCACGCACGUAUAAACCCAGCUGCCACACCUCCUUCACGUACUCUCUCACUCUGUGUCCUGGAAGCUGCAUCUGCCUGCAUCAUGCGCUUCCUCGUGUUGUUGAGUGUGGUGGUGGCCUCGACCGUGGGUCAGGGAUUUCUCCGCGACACCCCGGAGGUUGAAGCGGCGCGCAACGCCUUCGUCAGGGAGUACAACCGCAUAGCGCUGCUGUCAGCACAAUCGCAGGACACCGGAAACUUCAACGAGGAGCCCCCCCGUCGCCUGAGAGCUAACUCAGGUCGUCAGCGACAAGCGCAACCCCGCCGUCAGCCGCAAGUGGAACCCCAGGUGGAACCCCUAGUGGAACCUCAAGUGGAACCACAAGUGGAACCCCGUCGUCAGCCCCAAACCUUCGCUGCUCGACCAACCUACACACCUGCCGCCGACGCCUUCUCCUACUCGGUCAACUUAGGCACGAACCAGCAGUUCCAUCCAGGUCCACGAACGUUCCCUGCGGCACCCACUUUCAAUGCGGCACGAACAUUCCCUGCGGCACGCACCUUCUCUUCCAUACCCACCAUUCCUGCGGCAUCCGCAUUCCCUGCCCCUCAGCCCGUCACGCACCGCUUUGCCCCUGCCCCUGUGGCUCGGUGGACGGGACCGCAAGCGGACACCAUACCCGCAGGCGUCGGAGGAGGCGUGACGGACACCAAGGAUGUUGCCGCAGCCAAGGCCGCCCACUUACAGGCCGUGGCUGCCGCCCUCGGUUACCACGAGAGAAACUUUGCGGCGUGAGGAGCGCAGAAACGCCUGCGUGGUCACUUGCAGGAGAGGCCGAGCGCAGUCACCUGCAGGAGAGACCCAGCGCAGUCACCUGCAGGAGAGGCCGAGCGCAGUCAUCUGCCGGAGAGACCCAGCGCAGUCACCUGCAGGAGAGGCGCAGCGCAGUCACUUGCAGGAGAGGCCCAGCGCAGUCACCUGCAGGAGAGACCCAGCGCAGUCACCUGGGAGAGGCGCAGCGCAGUCACUUGCAGGAGAGGCCCAGCGCAGUCACCUGCAGGAGAGGCGCAGUACAGUUCCUUUCAAAGUACCAAAACUGUGUAUACUCUUGAGAGACGUUUCCGUGUAUAUAAUACAUAAUAGUACACUCGGUAACCCUUGAGAAACCUCUGUAUUUGUCCUAAUUACAUUACAAUACACAUUACAGACUUUUAUAGAAAUAAAUAUUUUGUAAAUUUCC